AACUUUAAAUUUUUACAGCUGAUUAAAAUUUUCUGAUGAUAACUGAUAAUGAUAAUGAUUAUAAGAAAAUAUUCUGAUCUUGUUCGUGCUAAAAGAAAAUUAAUUCAAGCUGAAAUUGAAUGGCUUCGAUAUUCGAAACCGACAAUAGUUCCAAUGAAUAUUUCUAUCGAAAAUUUACAUUAUCUUGAACAAAUGUUUGAAACAAAAAAAUAUCGUCGUCUUUGUUGGCUUGAUAUUUCAUAUCGUGCACGAUAUAAUUAUCUUUGUCAACUUCAACAAAUUGAAUCAUUUGAUGGUCAAUCAUUGAUUGCACCAAUAUGUCAAGCUAAAAUUGAUCGUCUUGAGUGGCGACGACGAUUGUCUAUGAUUCCAUUUGUGCCGAACAUUGCAUUCGAUAUUACAUUCGAUAAUUAUAUGUCAUCUUUAGAAUGUAAAAAUCUAGCUGAACAAUUAAUUCGAAUAAUACGCCAAAAUCGGCAAGAAUUCAAAACAAAUUGGUUCAAUCUUCAUAUUACCGGUUUGUUACAAAGUGAAUCGACACGUAAUUUUUUGGAUCAAUAUUUCGAUUCAUCUCAUCGUCAUAAUUAUCCAAAUGUAUUUUUUCAUAAUCAAUCAUUCGACAAUUUAUUUCCACAUGAACAAAUCAUUUAUCUAUCACCACAUGCAUCAGAAACAAUCGAUCCAUUAACAAUUGAUCCGGAUACUAUAUUCAUCAUUGGCGGUAUUGUUGAUCGACGAAAAAUUAUCGAAUUAACUGUAUCAAAAUGUAAAAAGCUUGGUCUUAAAACAAAACGUUUGCCAUUAGAUCUUUCGGAUCGAAAACAGAUCAAAUCAUUGGAUGAUGUAUUCAGGAUGAUUUUUACAAUGAUUAAUAAUCAAAAAUAA